AGUAAAGUGUAUUUCCUCUUUUUUUGUCUAUUUUUCUGUCGUGAUCAUAAAUUUCGCAGUAUACGGUAAAUUUUAGCUAUGAAUGAAUCAAAAUCUAAGAUUCAAUCUUUCUACAAAGACAAGACGAUCUUCAUUACUGGUGCUUCUGGUUUCAUGGGCAAGGUCCUUAUAGAAAAGUUGCUAUACAGCUGUUCUGAUCUCAACAAAAUCUAUAUCUUAAUGCGAGCCAAGAAAGGUUGCAGUUGCGAUGACCGACUUGAAAAUAUAUUCAAAUUACCAAUGUUUCAAAGAAUACGAACUGAAAAGCCUCAAGUUUUGAAGAAAGUAAUACCGUUUAAUGGUGACAUAUGUUUAAAUAACUUGGGUCUUACUGUUAAAGAACGUGAGCAUCUUAUAAGUGAAGUGAACAUAGUAUUUCAUUGCGCCGCGAGUCUUCGAAUGAAUGCAAAAUUGAAAGAUGCUGUCGAAAUGAAUUUGAAAGGUUCAAAAAGGGUACUAAACUUGGGAAAAGAAAUGAAGCAUCUGCAAGCUUUCAUACAUCUAAGCACAGCCUUCUGUCACGUUGAUCAAAAGGAAGUAAGCGAGUGUAUAUAUGACACCUCUAAUGACCCUGAGGAUAUCAUGAGACUCGUUCAAUGCUUAGAUGAAGAUACUAUCGAUCUUAUUACACCAAAAUUAAUACAUCCGCACCCAAAUACUUAUACAUAUUCGAAACAUCUGGCUGAAAAAUUGGUAGCCAAUGAAUUUCCUGAUAUACCUUGUUGCAUUGCUAGACCAUCGAUUGUGUUCCCUUCGUACAAGGAGCCGUUACCAGGAUGGGUCGACAAUUUAAAUGGACCUAUAGGAAUACUUGUCGGUGGAGGCAAGGGUAUUAUCAGAUCGGUGCAUUGCGAAGGCAAUUAUAAUGUCGAAAUUAUACCAGUAGAUCUUGCAAUUAACGAUUUAAUCAUAAUUGCAUACAAAAUUGCCACUAGCCUGAAAAAUUCAGAAGGUAUACUCGUAGUCAAUAUGACAUCGCAAAUCAAUACUUUGCGUAUCACAUGGAGGGAGAUAUUGAAGAAGUAUAAACAAUUUAUUUACGAAUAUCCUUUCGAGAGACAAAUUUGGUAUCCAGCUGGCGACGUACAUAGCAAUAAAAUUCUGCAUAAUAUUAUCGUCUUACUCUUCCAAAUCAUACCCGCAUAUUUGAUUGAUUUUCUGAUGCUGAUACUUGGAUACAAGAGAUUUAUGGUCAGAAUCCAGAAACGAAUUUUAGACGGUAUCGAGGUAUUGCAAUAUUUCAUGACGCGGCAAUGGAUAUUUUAUAAUAAAAAUAUAAUUACUUUGUCCAACGAUAUAACACCAUUAGAUAAAAAAAUAUUUCCAACUAUGAUUUAUAAUGUCGAUGAAAUGGAAUACUUUAAGCAUUUAAUCCUUGGCAUGCGGCAAUACUGUAUGAAAGAAGAUCUAUCUACUUUGCCGAAAGCCCGUCGGCGUCAAAAAAUGAUGUACAUUCUUCAUAUCACGACGAUAUUUUUAUUUCACUUCGGUGUAUUAUAUGUUUUAUUUACAACAAUGUUAAAAUGGUAAGAUUUUUCUUGGACUACGUCACUGAAAAAAUAAAAUCGCUACCGUUUAUAAGCAGAUUCAUAAAGCAUGUUUAAAAGUCUAUUUGAAAAGCAAACUUAUACUGCAUUUUUGUUUAUUGCACUAUACGUAAUUUGUAGAACGUGAAGAUGAGAAGACGAGAAACUAUAGUCUCUUGAUCGUUCAUUGCCCGACAUAUCUCUCUCUAUCUUACGUAUUUAUAUUUUUAAACUACUUACACUUAUGCGCAAGGGAUAUGAAUCGAUUUGGGAUAUGAAUUAUACAGUGAAAGCAAAAUAUGCUAUCUAUCUACUAAUAAUCUACUAAUUAUUAUCAGAAUUACUAUUAGAAAUCUUUUUACAAUUAAUAUAUACUAUUAAUAUUAGCUGUAAUAUGAAGACAAAGAUUAGAUUCUACGCGGACACUUA